AUGUUGGAAAAUACUCAUAUAAGCACCGAGUGCCGCAGGCUGCUGUAUCUGAUUUGCCUGCAGGGGGCGAGAGAGUGCCACUGUAGCAGUGCGCGUGCGUUAGCGCGAGAGCGUACGACGUGCUCUGUUUUUAUUUCAGCCCAGUGGCGCGAGAGUGUGAUUACUGUCGUCAUCGAUAAUAAUAAUAAUAAUAAAGUAUUGGAAGUGAUUUUUAAUCUGAUGGAGGACCGAGACUCGGCGCGUGGCCGCGAGUCGGAGGCGGGAGCGCGCAACACUUUCUGCUCUAACGGCGGCAGCGGCGGCGAGGAGGAGGAGCACGAGGCCGCGGUUGAAUCCGGGGGCUCGUGUGCGCCUCGGCACGGCGACGGAGCCACCCUCGGCGGCGGCAGAGAGCAGGAGGUGUCGGUGGAGAUCGGCGAGACGUAUUUGUGUCAGCGCGCUGAUAAAACCUGGCACUCGGCUGAAGUGAUCCAGUCCAGGCUAAAUGAGCAGGAAGGCAGAGAGGAGUUCUAUGUGCACUAUGUUGGAUUUAACAGACGGCUGGAUGAGUGGGUCGGAAAGGGACGUCUGGCGUUGACCAAAACUGUGAAAGACGCAGUGAGGAAAAGUGUGGAAGAAGGUGGGGGAGGAGAGCUCGGGGACCAGCCGGAGAGGAAGAUCACACGGAACCAGAAACGCAAACACGACGAGAUUAACCAUGUUCAGAAGACCUAUGCAGAGAUGGACCCAACUACAGCAGCCCUGGAGAAGGAGCAUGAAGCGAUCACCAAAGUGAAAUAUGUGGAUAAGAUCCAAAGGAAUUUUGAAAUUGAUGCCUGGUACUUCUCUCCCUUUCCUGACGACUAUGGAAAACAGCCCAAGCUUUGGAUUUGUGAAUACUGCCUGAAGUACAUGAAAUACGAAAAGACCUUCAGAUACCACCUGACACAGUGUCAAUGGCGGCAGCCCCCCGGAAAGGAGAUUUAUCGCAGAGGCAAUAUUUCAGUGUACGAAGUGGAUGGACGAGAUCAUAAGCUCUACUGUCAGAACUUGUGUCUACUGGCCAAGCUAUUCUUGGAUCAUAAAACACUUUACUUUGACGUGGAACCAUUUAUCUUUUAUAUCCUCACAGAGGUCAACAGACAGGGGGCACACAUUGUGGGUUACUUCUCGAAGGAGAAGGAGUCUCCCGAUGGGAAUAACGUUGCAUGCAUCCUCACACUUCCUCCGUACCAGCGCAGAGGAUACGGAAAAUUCCUCAUUGCGUUCAGUUAUGAGUUGUCGAAGUUGGAGAAUACAGUGGGCUCUCCAGAGAAGCCUCUGUCAGACUUGGGGAAACUGAGCUAUAGGAGCUAUUGGUCGUGGGUACUGCUGGAGAUUCUGCGAGACUUCAGAGGAACACUGUCUAUCAAAGACCUCAGUCAAAUGACGAGCAUCACACAGAGCGAUAUAAUCAGCACGCUGCAGUCUCUGAACAUGGUCAAGUACUGGAAGGGCCAGCAUGUGAUCUGCGUCACCCCCAAACUCGUGGAGGAACAUCUGAAAAGUGCACAGUACAAAAAGCCACCAAUCACAGUGGACACAUUGUGUCUCAAAUGGGCUCCACCUAAACACAAGCAAGCCAAGUUCUCCAAGAAAUGAGGGCCAUCAGAAUGGAGAUGUUCAGACUGGAUAAGGGCGAAACGCUCUGAGACUGAUUAGUAAACAGCACCUCAAGUUCUGUUGAAAGAAGAAAGAUGUUAGACUGUACAGUGUUCUGUUUUCUUUUUUUAAAUAAACGAGAAUAGUGAUAUUCACUUUUCUUUGCGUACCUUACGUCUGGUCAGUCUGUUACUCUCUGCGCUCCCUAUACCUGGAUUACCUUUAGACUUCACCUGCUCUGGUUAAUGUAAGAGCUCUAAAAUCCCACAAACACUAUGCUGAAUUAUUCAUUUGACAAUAUGGAAUUACCUAUUGCUCAGGUAGCGGCUGGCAGGUGUGCAGUGAAAGGUGAUGCUUCAGCAGUGACUAAAGUGGAAGGAACAUUUGCAAUCAUAGAGGUUUUAAAGCUGCACAACCCCUUUAAAGUUUUGUUUUGAAAAAAUAAGUGUCUGGUACAAGAACAGGGCUCGAAGUGAUACCGUGGUCACCUAGGUAAAUUAUUUCAUGACUGAAUCUAAGAACAAAUUAACUUUUGUGUUUGUUUUCCUGCAGUAAGGCUUGAUUGAUGUCUCGGGGUUGGUAAUACGGCUGAUAUUACACCUGUAUUAGAAAAUAAACCAUACUUUUUGUGUCUGCCGUAGUUGGACAUGUGUGCGCUCUUUGCAUUUGUGAACACAUUUCUUAGCAAUGCAUCAAUAUGUAUGUAUUUCACUGUUUUUAUUAAAAAGGUUUGUAAAAA